AUGGAUGAUCAAGUCCAGUCCAUUCGAUUUUGCCCCGGGCAGCAUCCCACUGAAUCCGAACAGAACUGGUACCGGCUGUCCUCGGCGCGAGAGCUCGGCGUCUGUUCGAGAUGCUUUGCUGAUUCGGUCAAGGCAUCGGCCUUGACGGCCCAGUUUGAACUUAAGAGAGACUUGUCUGGGCAGGCCCGCUUCUGUAAUUUUGCGACAGCGCGAUCCCGGGCGCUCUUCAAACAAGCAUGUGAAACGGGCGACUUUGCACCAUGGAGAAGCUACUGGCAAGCACGGAAUGCUAUUCGCCAGUGUCCUGGCGUUGGUGUCGAUGCGGAUGCUGCCGAUGGUGUCACUUGGUUUCAGAUGGCCGAUCCCAACCUGCCCCCAGGCUUCUACGCAUGCGCAGCCUGUAUAGCCGACUAUGUCCAGGCUGGACAUCUGGCUUCACACUUUUCUCCGGCUCCAAGUCAGCCACAGGGACAACCGAGGAGAUGUGACCUGGCUUCGUUGUUUUCACGGAACCUGGUCGCCACAGAAAGCAACUGGUCCCAGGCCGCGAGCUGGCUUUCCUAUCGCAAGACGCUCCCGCCAUGCUCACAGGCCGCAGAAGUCGAAGGGACUUCGCGAAUGUGGUUCAAGCUACGAUUCCACGAGUUUCAAAAUUUGUCGGCUUGCGAGACGUGCUAUUAUGACCAUGUGCAUACUUCCAUCGCGCAGGAACAUUUCCAUCCCACAAGACAAGCUCUGCCAUCACUUCCUGGCCAAGUUUGCUUUCUAGGAGGAUCUAUGCCCCUCAGGAUUUGCUUUGACGAGGCCAAGAAUAGAUCCAACUGGGAUGUUUUCCAUCGGGGUGCUACGGCAUAUGUCCGUAAUCCUCUUUGCCAUAGAGAUGGUAUUCAACAGGGAAUUUGGUACUCGGUGCAACCGGCGCAGGCAGAGUUCGAUGUAUGUGCGUCGUGCCAUGCUUGUAUUUUCGAAGCCCUCAGCUAUGGCCACUGGCUCGCACCGAAACAAGUUCCCCCAGGUCCGCGCCUCUGUGAUUUGAACCUGCUCGCACCACUGGCACCAAUCUGGUAUAAGAAGAUUGACGCAGCUUUCGAAAGAAACGAUCCAAACUUGAUGGCGUAUAGUGUUCAAAAGGUUCUCGCUGCGCCAGCGUGCCCUGGUAAUACUGUUCACGAAGGCAAAGUUUGGCAUACACACGACAUGUUUACCUGCUGCCCCUCGUGCUGGAUCACAGCACCCAUCGAAGGAACGACAUUUGCACACAUCUUUUCCGACGAGGUGCUUGUACCGACAAAGCUCCGAUGUGAUUUCUAUUCUGCAAGAGUUCGAGGGCUCUGGCUAGAAGCUUGUGUCAAAGAUGAUAUAGCAUCAUUCAUAAAAUUCAUGCAGCAUCGUCUCGAGGUAUGGAAGCAGACGUACCCACCCAUUCAGCAGCAUCUGGCCAUGAUGCGAAUGAAUGCACAGCGACAAGCCACCCUGAUGAUGGCUUCUGUUAUGAACACGGGAGCCAAUAACAUUGCCGCCGCCUCGGGCUCAUUUGGUAAUUGGGGCAGCGCGUCCACAGGCUGGGGCUAUGAGACAUUUGCUGGUGCCCAGGGAGCUAUGCAGUUUCAGCAGGGUGUUGCUAUGAAUACCUCCAAUGGAGGGGCGAUGAUGAGCAUUGUGCAACUAGAGGCGAUGUGGAAGGCUGUAGAGUAAUGCUGCGCAAGUGUGUGUCAGCUUAUAGAGCAUUCGCGUGUGCUUUUCAUCUUGGCGUAGAGGUUGUAGAAGUAGAGCAAGAUGUAAAAUAAUUCAUAACAUAUAAUACCG